AGACCCUGCAACAAGUAAAUAUAAAUAUAAAAUAUUAUGUCUUUUACUCCCAACCUCCUCUUGGGAUAUUGAUUGGAUAUUUAUUUAAUUCGACUGAGAAAGAUCUCUAACCCUGGCCAUUCACCCACUGUUAUGGUAAUUUAUCUCCACUGAGCAUCAUAGCACUUAAGGCUGGAUUUGCAAGUGACCUUUGAUGGGAUCCCUGAACUAUUAACCCCAUGAAAAAACAAUGCAUAUUGGUACUGAUUGAACUGAUCAGUCCAUAAAUCAAGUUGGUCUCUAAUGACCGACAUGUCUGUUACCACGCAAAUUGUGUCUUGAUCUCUCAUCUUGUCAAACUCCAGCUACAUUAAUAUGCAGGUUUAGUGGGGAAAAUGAGAAUGUGCUUCCCUGCAAAACCAACCUCCUCGGAUACAAUCACAUGGCACAGAUGGUUGCUUCUCUGCAACUACCUGUAGCUGAAAUACAGCAUUGCACAUUGAGAGCUUUUCCUUUUUAUACGAAACCAAGAGUCGAAGCACCCCCAGCCCCGCUAGCACCCUCCCCCCCAUGCUUCUUGCACACACACAGGCUGUGGCGAAGCAGGCGCUCAGCAGUGGGAUGGAUCCUGACUACUAAAGAGCAACGGAGAGAGAGGAGGGGUGGCAGGCAGCCGGCAGAGGUGCAUAAAUCCUCAUUUCCAGUACUGGAGGAAGAAACGUUCGCUGUCCGGGGUGAGACCACCACAUUGGCUUUCCAAAACAUCAAGAGGCAGCGCUCCCCACGGCUUGCUGUGAAUCCAAGAGAGACAAGGGACCCAGCUAAGGCUGCCAAACACAGAGGUGGGCUAGGAGGAGGUCUAUGACCCUUGAUUUUCAGCAGGGGAGUGGCACAAGGGGAUGUAGCUGGCAACGAGCAACAGACGCUCGGCUCUUGUAAUCUUCCCAUUCACUAAUUCAUUCCAUGCCAUUGUCAUAGCGAUGUAAAGCCAUUCUGUGCCGACUGGAGGAGGCACACUCCAAUCAGCUGCUCUCGCCAAGCGAGAUCUUUCAUUUCCAUCAGUGUCUUUUGGUUUCCCUUUACGUCUUUGUGCUUUGUCCCGUCACUCCUGUCUUUUCAUGUGACUUGGUCUUUCUGGAGCUGUCAUUGUGUUUGGUUCUGCAUGGAAUGACAGCUGCUUUAUUAGAGACGGCGGAAGAGGUCGCAGAUGGAGUGAGGACUGCCACUAACUGGAAAGCUCCUUGAGAAAUCGUAGAGAACCUCUUCAAAGACUUGCUGCUUUUUCAAGCAUUUAGACUUGCCUCGUUGCACACAUUCUACCAUUUGUCUCAGCUGUUAUCGCUGGAUACCAAUGACAGCUAUGAAGGGAGACUCCGAAGACAGCAUUGAAAGCAUGAGGCCAUCCAGCCUGCAAGUUUUUGCCAACUCCUCCACGUUACAUGGCAUGAGCCACAUAUUUGCCUAUGGCCACAUGACGUUCCGUCGCUUCCUAUGGACACUGUCCUUCAUGGGCUCCCUGGGUCUGCUGAUGUUCGUAUGCAUGGACCGAGUGUACUACUACUUCGAGUUCCCCCACGUCACCAAACUUGACGAGGUGGCGGCAAACAACCUCACCUUUCCAGCCAUCACCUUCUGCAACCUCAACGAGUUUCGUUUCUCGAAGAUCACAAAGAACGAUCUGUACCACGUUGGGGAGCUGCUGGCACUGCUCAACGAGAACUAUCAGAUCGCUAACCCUCACCUGGCUGAGCCAGAAGUCCUUGCUUUCUUGAAGGAGAAGGCUAAUUUUGUCAACUUCAACCACAAGCAGUUCAACAUGACGGAUUUCUACAACCGCACGGGCCAUGAUAUCAACGAAAUGCUCUUGCAGUGCACCUUCAGAGGGGAGGAAUGCUUCCCUCUAAACUUCACCACUAUUUACACAAGAUAUGGGAAAUGUUACACAUUCAACUCUGGUCUGGAUGGGAACCCCUUGUUGACGACUUUGAAAGGCGGAACAGGAAAUGGGUUGGAGAUCAUGCUGGACAUUCAACAGGAUGAGUACUUACCAGUUUGGGGUGACACAGAUGAAACCUCGUACGAAGCAGGCAUCAAAGUUCAGAUCCACAGCCAGGAUGAGCCGCCCUUCAUAGAUCAGCUGGGAUUUGGUGUGGCCCCUGGUUUUCAAACUUUUGUGUCUUGUCAGCAACAACUGCUCCAGUAUCUUCCUCCACCGUGGGGCGACUGCAGAUCUGAACCCAUGGACUCUGAAUACUUCUCCACCUACAGCAUCACGGCCUGUCGCAUCGACUGUGAGACCCGCUACCUGCUAGAAAACUGCAACUGCAGAAUGGUACACAUGCCAGGCACCUCUACCGUCUGCACACCUGAACAGUACAAAGACUGUGCUGAUCCAGCUUUAGAUUUUCUAGUGGAGAAGGACAACGAUUACUGCGUUUGCGAAACGCCGUGCAACAUGACUCGAUACGGUAAAGAGCUGUCCAUGGUGAAAAUACCCAGCAAGGCUUCAGCCAAAUAUCUCGCCAAGAAGUUCAACAAAACGGAACAGUAUAUUGCGGACAACAUACUGGUGUUGGAUAUCUUUUUUGAGGCUCUGAACUAUGAGAAAAUUGAACAAAAGAAAGCAUAUGAAGUGGCUGGAUUACUUGGUGACAUUGGUGGUCAGAUGGGUCUGUUUAUAGGAGCCAGUGUCUUGACAAUAUUGGAGAUAUUCGAUUAUUUGUAUGAGGUUUUUAAGGACAAAGUGCUGGGAUAUUUGCUACGUAAGAGACGGCCACAACGUAGCGCUAGUGACAAUCUGGAUUUCCCCGAGAAUCCCACCAGCCCUGGUGUCACGCCUAACCAUGUCCCCAGCUUUCAAGAUGGAGAUGAUGUUUUGCAGAAGUUCAGAGCACAUGUGACACACUCCGGAGUCACUCGGACAGUCUCGGAUUCGCGCCGAACGUGCUACCUAGUCACCCGGCUAUAGGCAACUUCGAGGAAUUCGCUUGUUGAUGACACAGGCGACGGGACCCCGGUGGGACGGUUUAGGAUAUGACAGAAAACUGUGAAAUAUAUAUCGGAUAGACUCCAAAAGAAGUGGAAGUCCACGAACAUGUACAUGUUAAAUAGUUAAAAACACAACAAAACAAAAAACACCUGAAUAGAAUCAAUAUAUCAUAAUCAAGUACAAAUAGGCAACACUUCCAAAACAAAACUCAGGUUUUAUUAACAUCACAGCCACUGUUUUUUUUUUUUGACAUUGUGGAAAAUCCUGGUAGAUGUCAUGCCAUUUCUUUUCGGAUGAUUUCAAAUGUACAAAUAGUGUGACGGUAUUUCAUCCGAGAGAGUAUUUUUUUCUCUGUGCUUUUCUGAAUCCUGUACGAACACUGUGGGCCUAAUUUGAUCAAGCCGCCUUAAACGAAUCUGAAAAGGAAAGCAUUUUAAUAUUGCACAAAAAUUGUUAUAGAUACAGUUGGUUUGGCCAAGGUUUAAAUCUAUUUUGGAACUUUUUUUUUUUUUAACAAUAAUCAUGUGAGCUUUAACCGCGGUUUGACUGAAUUCAGCCCUGCGAUACUCGAAAAUGUGUAAUCAUUCAGAAUGUUUGUCUCUGUCCAUAUCUUGUGUAUAUAAGUGCAAUAAUAUGCAUAAUGUGUUAAUGAAUACCGUAUAUUACCUUCAAGUCUUAGUUAUUAGCUGUCAGGUAAACAGAAGGAACAAGAUGUUUUCUGUACAACUGGAGUUACCAGCAAUUUGCUUAUUUAUUUUGACUUCCAUCCACUAGGCAGUGUUGAGACGGGAUGUUAUUGAAUGAUGCAUUUUAUGUGUAAUGUUCAUAUGAAAGCUUCACUUAUCCAAUCCCACAUGUGAAUCCAUUCCUCAGAUUGUUUCCUUCGGGAGUUAAUUCAUUACCUUAAGUGGCAAAGACUGUAUGCGAUGUGUUGACGUUAAAAUCAAAUCAUCAGUCGCUGAGAAGCUCUUGACUUGACGAGUUACAUGCUCAUAUUAAUUAUAAUGAACAUUAAAAAUAGACCACAGUUCCACAUCCACUAGGAAAUAUUCUAUUAUUUUAGAUGAUACAGUUGGAAAAUUUGACACAUUACUCGAAAACUGUUUGAUUUGGAUUCUUUUAUGUUUUGGGGGGUCUACCUAGAAGAUACAGGUGUCUUCCUUUUUCUUGCAUGAACUGCUCAUGUAUACAUGUUUAUAUAUAGCCUAAAAAGUAUCUGGACACAAAGUAAUAGUUCAUCCGAAAUGAAAAUUUGCUCAAAAUGUACCCACCCUCAGGACAUACAAGAUGUGAGUGAGUUUGUUUCUUCAUCAGAACAGGAUUGGAGAAAUGUAGCAUUCAGUCACUUGCUCACUGAUGGAUCCUCUGCAGUGAAUGGGUGCCGUCAGAAUGAGAGUCCAAACCGCUGAUAAAAACAUCACUUUAAACUGUUGCUUCCAGCCAAAAUAUGAGUCUUCUAUCCAUACUAUUGCUUUCUCCAUUGAAACAGUUGCCUGUCUGAUUUAGAAGAGAAAUAUACACAGAUUAAGCACCGUUAACAAGUGAAAACAGUCCAAAAACAUGUUGGUGAGACUUUUGUCAAUAGAGGAAUGAACUCGAUUAUGAAUUAUGAUUAUGAACUCGUAUUUUGGCCAGAAGCGAUGGUUUAAAGUUAGAACAUCAUUAUGAUGUUUCUUACAAACAUGCAGCUUUUCACUUCACAAGAUGUUAAUUGAUGGACUGUGGAUUAUUGUGAUGUUUUUAUCAGCUGUUUGGACUUUCAUUCUGAUGGCACCCAUUCACUCCAGAGGAUCCAUUGGUGAGCAAGUGAUGUAAUGCUAAAUUUCUCCAAAUCUUCAAUUCUGAACGAACAAAUAAACUCAUCUCCAUCUUGGAUGGCAAAUUUUAAUUUCUGGGUGAACUAUUCCUUUAAAAAAAAGUCUGGAAGUCUUUGCAUUAGAUAAAAAUGAUCAAACCAAGUUGCAUUUAUUUUAAAGAAAUAUAGCACAAACACAUUCAAAGCCAAACAUUUCACAAACUGAAGUUGUUAGGUGUUAAAUGGUAAAACAAUAGAUAUACUGCGCAAAAUGAAGACAAAAGGUAUUUCAUAUCUUAAUGGAUCAUGUUCAUCGUUCGUAUGAUGAACUAAAAGAAUACCUCAGGCCAGUUGAAAAAUGGCUUGGAAAAAUCUAUUGAGUUCUAAUGCAGUGAGAUUUUUGAGUGUCCAAGUACGUUUCAGGGCGCUUCAGCUUCACUUCCAUCAUGUUUUCUGCACUCAGCUACAAUGUAUUAUUGUAUUGUUUUAUAUAAACUACAAUGGGAUUUCUAGUACAGGUAUCACAAUUUUAAAACAAAGAGUUGUGAUAUGUAAAUGAUCCAGUAUAAUAAACAAUAUAUUUAACCA